CGGAGUUAGAUGGAUAAUUGAACACUAAUAAAGAUACUUGGAGCUUUCAAGGAGCUGAUCUGCCAGUGACGAACACAGCACUCCGAAAGAUUACUUUUUCACUUUCAGCUGCCGCCUGAGGUAUAUUUCUCUAGCAUUUGUAAGGAGUAAUCAAAUCAGUUUUGGUUCGCUUUUAGACAUAACAACGACAAUGAAACUGUCGCUUGUAUGUAUGAUUUUUCCUCUCCUCUUGAGUACACGUUACUCUAUCUCUCUUUUUAAUUUCGUGUGUCCGGAGAUUUGUCAUUGUUCUGACGGGAUUAUCAGAUGCAAUAAUGAGACAGAAUGGCUAUUUUCAGCUUCCAGAAAAGACAAGUGCAGGAGAAUAACACUUACCCACCUGUCUAUAAAAACCAUCACCAGCCACUCAUUUGAGGGAUUAGUGAAUGUCCUACGAAUUGAAAUUUCUCAAAGUGUCUUUCUUGAAAGAAUAGAAGCUCUGGCUUUCAAUAACCUGCACAACCUUUCUGAAAUCUCUAUUCAGAAUACCAAAAGCCUAGUGAACAUUGGCAGACGUGCAUUCAGCAAUCUUCCGAAGCUAAGAUACCUGAGUAUCUGUAACACGGGGAUAACAGUAUUCCCAGACAUGUCUACGAUUUAUUCCAUUGAAAGCCAUUUUAUUCUGGAAAUAUGUGAAAACCUGCAUAUAGAAUCAAUACCUUCAAAUGCUUUUGUGGGAAUGACCAAAGAGCAUAUAACAAUGAACCUGUAUAAAAAUGGCUUCAGAGAAAUCCAGCGCUGUGCCUUCAACGGGACAAAGAUCGAUAAACUAGUUUUGAAAGGCAACAGUAAACUCAGAAUAAUCCAUGAAGAAGCUUUCAUUGGAGGAAUUGGGCCUGAUGUACUAGAUGUAUCCUCAACACCAAUACAAAAACUCCCUACAUCAGGCCUAGAGUCUGUGCAGAUCCUAAUUGCCCAGUCAACUUACGCCCUGAAGAGUUUGCCUCCCUUGAACCUGUUUUCCAGCCUGCGUAAAGCUCACUUAACAUACCCCAGCCACUGCUGUGCUUUUCAGAACUGGAAAGCGAAAGAGCACAACUCUCUCUUUGCCAGCUGGGCUAACCUAUCCAGCCAGCACGAGGAGGACAGAAUCAUGUCCCAAGUGAUUCCAUUUCUCACCCCUGAAUCAUUCAGCUCAUCCCUGGUAACUCAGAUUCCUGCUACAGCCAGUGUCACAUCAUCUGAAGAAGACAGUGAGGCUCUGAGUUUGGAAUUUCACUAUCCAGAAUUUGACUUUAGCCAGCCCUUAAAAAUCCUCCAGUGUUCCCCAAAGCCAGAUGCCUUUAACCCCUGUGAAGAUAUCAUAGGGUAUGGCUUCCUUCGAGUCCUGAUUUGGUUCAUCAACAUUCUUGCCAUUGUAGGCAACCUCAUCGUGCUGCUUGUGGUCAUGACCAGCCAGUACAAGCUCACCGUCCCACGCUUCCUCAUGUGCAAUCUGGCCUUUGCCAACUUCUGCAUGGGGGUACAUCUCCUGAUGAUUGCCACGGUGGACUUUAAAACAAGAAGCCAGUACAGCCAGUAUGCCAUAGAGUGGCAGACAGGAGCAGGUUGCAGUGCAGCUGGAUUCUUCACCAUCUUUGGUAGUGAGCUCUCGGUCUAUACUCUGACUGUCAUAACCCUGGAGAGAUGGCACACCAUCACAUACGCCCUGCAGCUGGAACGGAGGCUGUGCCGCAGGCAAGCGGUUCUGAUCAUGAUGGGUGGGUGGCUUUUCUCCCUCACGAUGGCCCUUCUGCCCCUUUUAGGCGUGAGCAGUUACAUGAAGGUUAGCAUCUGUUUGCCAAUGGACAUUGAAAUUCUGCCCUCGCAGGCCUACAUCGUAAUCAUCCUGCUGCUAAAUGUCAUUGCCUUUUUCAUCAUCUGCGCCUGCUACAUCAAAAUAUUCCUGGCAGUGAGGAACCCCAAGUUCACAGGCAAGAACAGAGAUACACGAAUUGCCAAAAAGAUGGCGGUGCUCAUCUUCACAGACUUCACCUGCAUGGCGCCUAUAUCUUUUUUUGCCAUUUCUGCUGCCUUCAAAUUCCCCCUUAUUACUGUGACAAACUCCAAGAUCCUGCUUGUAUUGUUCUACCCCAUCAAUUCCUGUGCCAACCCUUUCUUGUAUGCCAUUUUCACCAAAGCCUUCAGGAGGGAUAUGUGCAUCCUAAUGAGCUGGUUCGGCUGCUGUAAAAAAAAGGCCAACAUGUACAGAAUGUCAUUCCACUACGCAGAUCAUCACACCGGGAAACACAGCAGUGCAUCAACAGCAAACAGAACCUCCCACAUGGUGCUGAGAAACAGCCAGCAUCCCCUGAGUAAUAAAGGAAGAAGUCUUUAAAUAAUGCAGAUCAAAAUUAAAACAGCAGAGACCCAGAAGAUCUGUAUUCUAAUCCCAAAGACAUGCUUUCUGCUGCAAAUUAAAUUUCAUGUAAAUUAAAUCUAUGUUGUAGUUAUGUCUGUUUUGGUCUUCUGGCCCAAGAGUUCCGUCUUAACAAUACUACUGUAUAAACCUUCAAAGACUGUUAGCUAAAAUCAAAGCCAUCAAAUUUCUAGGAUUCUAAAAUCAUUUUCUGAAUUUACAUAUUUUAUUAUGUUUAUCAUAUUGUAACAUGAGAUCUGUGCUCUCAGUCUGUACCAUGUUAUGAUAUUAUUAAACUGUAAAUAUUAC